GACCUGCUGAUCACACACUGGCAGGUGCUUCUCGUGGUCAACGUGGCUAGCGAGUGUGGCUACACAGACCCCCGUUACGAGGAGUUGUCACACCUUAUCCGCAUCCUUGGCAAGCGCGGCAUCGAGGUCCUAGCCUUCCCGUGCAACCAGUUUGGUGGGCAAGAGCCCGGUACCGCGGAGGAGGUUCGUGACUUUGGGCUCACAAAUUACGAGGCAGACUUUGUCUACUUUGACAAAGUCGACGUGCAAGGCGUUCGACAAGCCCCUAUCUACAAAUGGCUGCUGGACCAGACUGGCGCAACCAUCGACUGGAAUUUUGGUAUGCGUGUUACCCUUUCACCUGCACGCCUGUCCCGACUCUAUGCAUGCAACACUGUCCGUUUCACCAUCCAAUGCUCAACAUCUGGAACCUGCCCUGCGACGCCCGACACGGCUUAG